GCCAGUGCAGUUGAGUCGAGACUGUAUCAUUUUUGGAAUUGAAUUUCGGUACUGUUUACGACUACGAGGAGAAAUUUUUUGAAGCAUGAGUGUUGGAGAGCUACUAAAGGGCCUUCCGUGCCACGAUGAGAACAACUUUACCAAAUACCACAGCGAGCCAAACAGAAGUACUCCAAGCAAGAAGCCUAAUGUGUACUUACCAACCAAAGAUUACCCUUCAGAACAAGUUAUCACAACAGAAAAGACAAACAUCCUUCUAAGGUAUCUACAUCAGCAGUGGGAUAAGAAGAAUGUUCAUAAAAAGCGAGAUCAAGGUAACGCUAACCUAGACACAGAAUCACCUCCAGCUCGAAAGAUGCCCAGGCUACAACACAAUAGCAGCAGAGACAACGCAGGACACUAAACGGCUGUCUCCCAUGCAAAGUCCCGAUAUAUGUCACUAUUACCAUGUCACAAACUCUGUCGCCAUUUUGCAUGCAAAAAAAACAAUCGAGACGAUGAGGCUGGAACAUUCCUGAGCAUGUGACCCCCUUGAUUGAUGCAGCUGUCUUCGAGUAAUGUUUUCAUGGCCAGUGUGAACAUGCUCGAGAAGUCGUAUAGGAAUGAAACAGCAGGUGGUGUUGUGUUCUUUGUGUUGAUCAAGGACAUUUUGAGAGGAUUCACACUUGCCUUUCCCUUGCUUCCAGAAACAAAGUGCACAAAUUGACUGGGGGUCGUUCUGAGCAUGGGGGAGGAAAUGCCUGAAAAAAUCGAUCCCGCAAAUAUAUUUUCUUUAUUUGUAUGCCUUGCUAUUAAAUGUAUAUGUAUAUAAUACUCUAUUAUUAUUAUAAAUGAUAAUGUAUUGUUUUUCAUGCCCACAUGUAAAAGGGCUUUUUAAGACAAUGGGCUUUUGACCGCAAAAUGCAUAGUAGACUGGGCAUUGUCUUUUUAAUCCUUUUUUUUUUGUUGGCUUACAUUUUUGUCAAAUAAAUAUGAAUGUACAUGUAUAGAUGAGUAGUUUUGUAGGCCUUGUAUGAAUUGAGUAGCCUACUUCUCUAAAAAUGUCAGAGGUUAUUGCAAGAAUCUGCUAAUCUAUUUCCUUAAAGUCCAAGAUAUUUCACUCCUGGAAGUGGAAGAUUCUACAUAAUGCAGUUUGUUUAAAUACUGCUACAUAAAAAAAAGGUUGAAGAACUUAUUUCUUGUUCAUUUAACAUGCAAUACAUGCAACUGUUGACCCUUUCCUAUGCUCAAUUGUAAAUGAGAUAACCAACAUUUUCCUUGCUUUGUGAGUACAUUUUCCUGAUCCCUGAUCAGGAAACCCUGAUCAAACUUUUGAAAAUAUUGAAUUUUUCAUCCAGAUGGAUGUUAAUAAUUAUGAUUUUUAAAUCAAAUAUCAAUUCAGCUGUAGCAGAUGGGAUUAAGAACCCAACUUUAGGUCACAAACCUGUGCAUAAAAUUAUUUGUUAGUUAAAAGAAAGCUUUGUGAAACAGACACCAGCUGUUCUUCAAUUUGCUCUGAAAACUCCAAUUAUAUAUAGUAGAUUAGGGUAUCUGAAUUCUGUACAGAAUUGUCACAAAUGUUCUGUUAAGAACAAAAUAUAAACAUGUCAUUAGCUUGGUUCAAAUAAAAAAAGAAAAGAAGAAAAAAAACAGGUGAAUAAUUUCAUGGAACCCCAAAAUAACAAGUAUUAUUCAUUCUAUUAUGAUUCUGUUUCAUUAUUUCAUCAUACAUGUAGUGAUGUAUGAAGUUUUAGUUUAUUUUCGCACAUUUUUUAAUGAUUUAUCCCCUUUAUUCUCCAUGUAUCUUCUUGAAAGUUGAAUCUUGGUCUGAAGCAAAAAUUACUUUAAAGGUAAUUCAGUAAUCAGUAAUAUUAUCUACCAUGACAACAUUGGGCCAGCCAAUUAACUCAGAUUCUAUUGCUGAUACCUUUAGGACAAAGUUACUAUUUAUGCUAAGUUUUAUGCAGCGGCCUCGGCAAGGCGAUCCUACAUUUAUACAUGCAUGUAGUGAGUACAUCGUUGAGGACCAAAUAUUCUUUUUCAAGAAAAAUGAUAAACAACUUUGAUUGCUGAUGUAAAUUUUUGCUCUCAGAACCUCCGCAAUUUUAAUGCAGAUUGGAAUGUAUCCAUCUGUGUUCCAUUUAUUGAUUCUCAAGGCUGCAUUGGAAAUAAAGUUUGUUUGGGAUUAUUUUAGCGACAAGAGCUAUAUUUCUCUCAUUUUUACAUUGUUAGUCAAACCCACAUGUAUGCAUGUUCAUGUAAUUCAAAAUGUGCCCAAGUACUUUAAAGAAGGAACAAAAUCUCACAUUUCAUCAUAUGAAUGUUUUUUUCACCCAGAAAGUAGUGUCUGUGUUCUGAUAUCCAGUACAUAAGACUUGGAUGGGAUUGAUAGGUUGACUGUAAUUUCUGAUCACUCAAAUUAUCAAAUCCAAGUUUCCUUCUUGUCCAUCAAUCCCACAAACUUCUCCUUUCUAAUUCAUACAAAAACGUGUAGUGUAUCUUUGCCUACUAAUAGUUAUUGUAAUCCUAAAUAAGUAUUCAGCCUAGUACAUGUAUGCUUUCCUGAUUACUUGAACAUAAUUUGUUUCAGGUUUGAAAUGAGUCCUCGAUAUGUGGGAUUAUAUAUGAUUUUUAACAUGUUAACUACUUUGCUAUAAAGUUUUAUUGCGUUCUUAACUUUUAUCUGUAUGGGGCUAAAAUAAUUUUAGCUCUAAACUAAGGAAAGUUACAAUGUAUGUUUGUAUCAUUGUUUUGUUUUUGCAAGUUGUGCUACUGCUAACUGAGACUUCCAGGCAGCUUGAUUUGCAGGAUUGACAAGUCAAGGAAAUCGAAAAAUGUUUUCAUGUACAUGUAUCAUUUGUAAUUGUAUACGUGUAUGUUCCAGUCAUGCCGGACUCUACGUACAUAUCAAGCGACCUUUUGGCAUUAUAGAGCAAGUGGGGAGGGGCAGGGGUCAGAAGCAAUAGGCUA